UAAUUAGAUACUUUAGUGGGGUAUUGAGGAUAUUUAUUAAUCAUCACAUUGCAAUGAUUCAAACGAAUAAAAUCCAACCAUCAGCUCUGUGAUUUGCAAAAGUAGUUCAAGGAAGGCCGAGUAUUUGUCACCCGGAAACCUCUCAACCAUCGAUAUGACGACAAGAUCGGCCAGGCUUGCAUUAGCCCAGCUAGCCGACGUGCGUACUUGGCGGCCAUGUAAAAAAGGUCACUCUUCUCUGCAGAAAUUGGUAUCAAGUCGUGACUUUCUUAUUUCUCAACUGAUUGUUACGAGAUUUAUUUUGUUGUGGACACCAAAGGACGCAAAGGUGGAGUACGCAGACAAGUUUGACCGCCCUAGCUUGACGCAGUUGUAGGCACGAAAAAAAAAAAAAAAAAAAAUCAACAAGCUAACCAACAUGGCGGCGUCCUGUUCUGUGGUGUGCUGCGGGCACGAGGAAGACUCGGAUAAAGCAGCUAUAUUUCGAUUUUCCAAUGGCAACGUGCUCAAUGCCGAGAAACUGGACUUCACGAUGUACACGAGUGCAGAUAAGGUCAACCCGAGGAAAAAAUCUAGGCGGAUCCUGGUGGCCGAAUCCGAUAGGUUGUCCUAUGUCGGACAAAAUUUCGGAACAGGGGGCCUCAAAUGCAACACUCUCUGCAAUUAUUAUGUUGGCGUACUGAACAAGGAGACCAUGCAAAUGGAACUACACCGUGCGCAGCUCUUCAACUUGCAACCCAUUAUUCCAGGAGAAAAGACUGCGGUGUGUGACCAAGCGAAAACUGAAACAUACAGAGAAAAGGUGGACUCUCUGAUUGAGGCGUUCGGCACCAACAAACAGAAGAAAGCUCUGAGCUCUCGCAGGCUGAACCACGUGGACCACCGCACGCUGCACCAGGCGGUCGGCAAGGCUGCCAGCGCCGUCAUCGACGAGAAGGGCCUGCACGCUCUGCAACAGGAAGUCGCCGAGAUGGAGUCGGAGGCAGAUUUUGCUCGCCAUCUUCCUCCGUGUGACCCGCACGCCGACACGCCGGAGAACGUCUACCCGUUGGACGAACUACUCGGUCCCGUGGACUUCAAGGCCCUGGAGGAGGCCGGUUCCAAGAUGGCGGCGCUCACAGCUGAAGAGCUGCAGACGAUGAGAGAGAGCAGAGGGCUUGCAAGCGUACUGAAGCAUCUGGAGAACCCGCCCAGUACCGCUGAAGGCCGGCAGAAGAUGGCGCGCUGCGCUUUCUACCUUUCCCUGCUUCUCAAGCUGUCGCGGCAGAAGAACGUCAACCGCAAAUUUGGCGUGGAGGAAGGCUGCCCUCGCAUUGUGCAAAACAAACUAUUCAGGAAAUUCACCGUGGAGACUUUCACCAACGGCAGGGUCCAGAACAUGGUGUCCACUUCAAUGCGCGUCAAGUUAGCCACGUACUGCCUGGCUCUGCUGCUCCAUAUGGGUGACAUGACUGCUGACCUGACGUUACUGCAUCAGGACAUGGGACUCACCGAGGCCAAGAUAAUUGAAGUGGCAAAAUCGAUGGGGUUGACCCUGGCGAAGCCCCCCCGCGGAAAGAAGGCCGUGACCGGCCUGCAGGAGGAACACAAACGGGCUUCCCUCGUCCUCCCUCUCGUCAAACACGACACGUAUGGCGAGAGACGCAAGCGCAAGAGGAUGCACUGAGGGAGCCGCGCCGGCGGCGAAUCCGACAAUUGUUUAUCCAAAUAAAAGUGGAAAUACGAUUUCAA